CCGCUAUGGCUGCGCUGCGGAGGCUCCUGUGGCCGCCGCCUCGGCUCCCGCCUCCGCCCUCCCCUCACCAUCCCUUGCCUGGGCCGUGGGGGCGGCCUGUGUGCACGGCCCCGGGCCCGCCUGGCCGGCCCUUCUCCUGCCGGGAGGAGGAGGACGGGGCUGUGGCGGAGGCUGCUUGGAGGCGGCGGCGGCGCUGGGGGGAGCUGAGCAUCGCAGCGGCUGCCGGCGGGGGUCUGGUGGGCCUCGUGUGCUACCAGCUGUAUGGGGACCCCAGGGCCGACGCCGCGCCGGUGCCCACCCUCGGGCGCUCCUCCGAGAGUGAGGACGUAGAGCCGGAGGACCCGCCCCGCGGCCGGGGGCUGCUUCCCAUCCCGGUUGCUGCGGCCAAGGAGACGGCUGCUGUUGGCAGAACAGACGUUGAAGACUUGGACCUCUAUGCUACAUCUCGGGAAAGGCGAUUUCGUUUGUUUGCUUCUAUAGAAUGUGAAGGGCAGUUAUUCAUGUCUCCAUAUGAUUUCAUUUUGGCUGUUACAACAGAUGAGCCCAAAUUUGCUAAAACGUGGAAGUCACUUUCCAAACAGGAAUUAAAUCAAAUGCUCUCAGAAACACCACCAGUUUGGAAAGGAUCAUCAAAGCUGUUUCGAAAUCUUAAAGAAAGAGGUGUGAUUUCUUACACAGAAUAUCUUUUUCUUUUAUGUAUUUUAACAAAGCCACAUGCAGGCUUUAGAAUAGCUUUCAACAUGUUUGACACUGAUGGCAAUGAGAUGGUAGAUAAAAAGGAGUUUUUGGUGCUUCAAGAGAUAUUCAGGAAAAAAAAUGAAAAGAGAGAAACUAAAGGAGAUGAAGAAAAGCGUGCAAUGCUGCGUCUUCAACUUUAUGGAUACCAUUCACCUACUAAUAGUGUACUUAAAACAGAUGCUGAGGAACUUGUCUCCAGAAGCUAUUGGGAUACACUGAGACGUAACACAAGCCAAGCGCUCUUUUCAGACCUCGCAGAGCGUGCUGAUGACAUUACAAGUUUAGUAACAGAUACUACACUUCUUGUACACUUUUUUGGAAAAAAAGGAAAAGCUGAGCUCAACUUUGAAGAUUUUUAUAGAUUCAUGGAUAACCUCCAAACAGAAGUUCUAGAAAUAGAAUUCCUUUCCUACUCGAAUGGGAUGAAUACUAUCAGCGAAGAAGAUUUUGCUCAUAUUCUUUUACGAUAUACAAAUGUGGAAAAUACAUCAGUAUUUUUGGAAAAUGUGCGUUACAGUAUACCUGAAGAAAAGGGCAUCACAUUUGAUGAAUUCAGGUCAUUUUUCCAGUUUUUGAACAACCUGGAAGACUUUGCAAUAGCCUUGAAUAUGUAUAACUUUGCGAGUCGUUCUAUAGGGCAAGAUGAAUUUAAGCGUGCCGUCUAUGUAGCUACUGGCCUCAAACUUUCACCACAUUUAGUGAACACAGUCUUCAAGAUUUUUGACGUUGACAAAGAUGAUCAAUUAAGUUAUAAAGAAUUUAUUGGAAUUAUGAAAGACAGACUCCAUAGAGGAUUCCGGGGUUAUAAAACAGUUCAGAAGUAUCCCACUUUCAAAUCCUGUCUGAAGAAGGAACUCCAUAGCAGAUAAGUACUUGUAAAGCAAACUUUAGAGGAUUAUUAUCUACAUGACAAACGCAAGAAGCAAAAAUUUCAGAGAACAGAAGCAGGUCUGAGAUCAGAACUUGUAGAAAUGAAGGAAAAGGUGAAACACUAUAUUUUUUUUUCUUGAACUGAAUUCUUGAAUGUAAGACAGAUAAAAUGCAUCUUCUUACUAGCUACAAAAGUUAUGUUUUAUCAGGUUAAGCUUUUGCCUUGAUUUACUGAACUCUGCACUUCUUCAUUCCUUUCAGAAGUAUAUCGAUACCUCCAAUGACUAUAUAAGAAUGUAUUUUAAAUAUUUUAAAAAUUUUAUUAGAAAUUUGCCUAACUUCGAAUUAAUGUAUGGCUCCUGGAAUGUAGAUCACUUAAAAAUGAAGAACGACAUGUUUUCUUUGGUUUUAGACUGUGAACUUACUUUAAGAAAAUGGAUAUUCCCUAAGAUUUAUUUAUCUUAGGGCCCUAGAAUUGUCGAUAAAUCUCUAUUAUCUGGUUUUUAAUUAUAUUGAAAUUGUUUUGAAAAAGAAGCUACUAUACAACACGAUGGUUUACAUUAUACUUUUAAAAGUACAUAACUUACAUUGUUUGAAUCACAUAAAGUGUUUUUAAAGCUGUGUUCAUUUACCAAAGUCAACAGAAUGUCUGGUAUUCUUUUAUGUAUACAGAAAUUUAAAAUGUAGAGUUGUUUGUCUCAAAAAAUGUCACAUAUUGAUGGUAAAAUCGUGGUAGUUGUUGCAGCAGUCAUUCUCAUUGUCAUUGUUUUAACACGAUGCUGCUCCUGAUUGCAGAUGGUAUAUGUUAAUAAUACCAGUCACAAUAAUAUCUUAGCACUCUGUAACUUACUGCAUAGUGUUAGUAAAUGUUUAUAGCAUCAAAAUGAACACUAUAACAGACUACUACAAAAUGGUUUAGAAGAAUGAUGUAAAUAUUAGGUAGAAGUUAAUAUUUUGUUUCUUGCAAAAGGACCACAUGCAAAAGUGAUGCCAAACAGCCAAUCAUAAUAAUUUAAAUAUAAUUUAGUAUUUCAAAAUAAUACGUCUUAAAAGAGAAAAAAAACUUUGUUUUGAAAAACAAAAUUAGAUUAGAUUUUCACAUGGAGAAAAUAACAUCGUAGUACCUAAUGGUUAAGUCUGUUCAACUAAAAAAGUUACUUUAUAAAAGGAUACUGUAUAAAAGUAAAACAGUGAAUUUAAUAUAUUAAUGUAUUGUAUGUGGAAGAUAUAUUCAUUUAUCUUCUUUUCCAAGAUGUAUUUAAUGUAAAUUGCACACACUCCAACUAUUACCUUGCUUUUGCAUAUGAAAAUAGGAAAUACUGACUUUGUUUUUAUAAGUUAUUAAAUGUGAAAUUGCUAGCUGUGCAUCAGCCUAUUUAUAAAAGUAAUGUUAUUUCCAAGAAAAUGUUUUUAUUAGCAUUGACUAUGUAUUUGACUUUUUACAUUCUUUAUCUGAUUAUUAUUUAUUACAUUGAUAUAGAAAUAUAUGAUUCAAAAUUUGAAGAUUCCAUACAGUAUAAUAAUUUAAUUUCACCUGUUUUCAAGGUUGAUUCAAUUGAUUGACGAAAUGAAAAUGCCUACCAACUCAUUUAACAUACCCCAAGCCUAUUGUACCAUACACUGAAUGUUCUCUUGAAAAAAUGCAAUUUACUUUUAUCUUUGACUAUAAGUUAUAUUAUCUUGCACACAUGAAAAAAAAUUGCCAUUUAGAACAGUCCUAUAGAUGUACAUUAAAAGCUGAAUUAGCUCAUUAAAAUUAUUUAUAAUUCUGCCAUUCUCCCGAGGAAUACUACAUGUGCAAUCUUUAUUCCUUAUUAUUAGAGUAAAUGGGUCGUCAUCUGUUUGUAGGACUGCAGCAUAAUAUUGAAAUCAGAAUAAAUAAAAUCUUCUAGUCAAUUAAAAUGGAAAAGAGUAGUAAAUUACAGUGAUUCCUACACACUCUCACUCUUGAACUUUAUCCUCUAUAAAAUGAGAAGUACAAAUAAUGCACUGGAUUGUUGUUUACAUCAAUUGAAAAAAUUUUAAAUGCAUUAAAAUAAUGUACUAUAUACAUGUAUGCUAUUAUAUUAUUCUCUUUGUAUUUCUUCUACAAACUAUUCUUUAGAAAGAUAAAGCUAUACAUAAAACUUUAGUUAUCAUACUCUUUACAGAGAGUCUACAUGAUAAAAGGUUUGUGAUACUUCUCAGUAUCGUUUCAUAUUAAGAAAUUUAUUUAACCAAAAUUCCAGUUUAUUGUUCUUUUUGUAAAAUAUAAUUAUAAAGCAACCUGUCUAGCAUUCUUACAUUAUCUUAAAAUAAAUAUACCUGCUCUGAAUCAAGAAA